AUGGUGACGCAUGUCUCCAAUGUGAUCUUGGAUUUGGGUCGGUUACCAGAAGCACGCUACCUUGGUGAUUCUGGAGAGCAGUACUUGAGAGAUACCGAGGUAUCAAUGAAAGAGUUGGAGUUUGCUCAAAAUGCAAUUGGAGAAUUCGGAGCUGAUAAUAGAGCUGGCAUUACGGGUACCUUGCACCGGAUUUCAGCAAUCAGAAGUAGGAAAGGUGAAAUUAUUGGCUUAACUUGUCGAGUUGGCAGGGCAGUUAGGGGUAGUAUUGACAUGGUACGAGAUCUGCUUGAUUUUGGGAAAAGCAUCUUGUUUGUUGGAAGACCAUACAGAGAGAGAGAAGAUCAAGACUCGGAUCAACUGUGAGAGAAAGAAGAUCUGAGACUCCGAUCGAUGAAGACUGAUCAAUGAAGAGCGAGAAGACAAAUCGAUGAAGACCCAUCACUAGCCACCGGUAGAGAAGAAGAGAAAAGAAUAAAAUUGUACCUGGA